UAUGCUUAGACUCCCUGAAAAAGGUAGCGGCCAAACGGGCUCAAAGAUUCUCCUGGAAGCCAUGUCAAAAGACAAGGUCCAUCUGGCUCGGUUCAUCCUCGAUGCUCUGGACGGCAAAAUUAUCGACUCCACAAGCGAGGGAGCCGCGACCCCGCUCAUCACAUCCGUGCUGCUGCCGGACAGCCAGGCCAGAUCCAAGUUCAUGAACCUUCUGCUGCAGCGCGGCGCGAGCGUCAACCGUCAAGACGAGCGCGGGCGCACCGCUUUGAGUUACGCCUGUGAAAAGGGUUACCUGGACGCAGUGAAGGUGCUGGUUCAGAACAAUGCCGACCCAGAGGUCGUGGACAGUUGGGGGAACACUGCCUUGAUGUACGCGUCUGUGGCCGGCCAUUCUGCCGUAGUGGACUUUUUGGUGAGGGCGUUCAAGAGGCUCGGUCUGCAAAUUGACAGACAAAACAAAGUUGGAAACUCGGCUGUGGAAGUGGCGAAGUAUCUGGGACACAAAGACUGUUUAUUUGCUCUCACGAGUAAAACGAAGAAAAGCCACGACGAUGCCUUGAGAGAUUUUGACAGUAAUGAAGGCGAAAGUAGCCGUGGGAAAAAGCCCACGCACGCUUCAGAGGUGAAUGAUACCCAGAGCCAAAGUCACUUCUGUCCAAAGGGUGUGGACGCUGCGAGAACGGGAGAGGAUUCCAUUGCGGCAUCUUCGAGUCGAAGAGAGUCUUCAUUUCUACGGAGUCGAAUCCAAUCCAUGGAUUCAAUAGAGGAGUUUGAGAGGGAGUGCGACGCUGCGCUCUCCUGGCCAGGUGAUUUAUCCGGUGUCCCAGUUCAAAAACCUCACGCCCGGUCAUAUCACGGCCAAAACAAUAAUAGAACAUUUAAAUUAGGGGAAAAUAAUAGACGCUACAAUGUAGCGCCUUUAUCUAGACCCACGGAUAACCAGUUCCCACUGCUGUUCUCACCAAGGCCGGCUAAAAACGCAUUAAAUCGUCGCGCGUCAGCAUGUACCGGAGCCUCCGCCGCCGGUCCAUCGAACAGUCCUCUCGGAGUUUUGUUAACUCCUAUUCCGGGAUCAAAAGGUGGGAAACCAGAGACAGAAAGUGAAACGCAGAAGAAAAACGCCAUGGACUUCGGUAUCCGUCUAUUUCACGACAGUUACUAUCAGAAACGGAGCAGUUUGCCGACAAGUGUCCUCAGACCUGCACCGCCAGCGCGCGCGCUCAUGCCCUCACGCAAAACUAAAACGGUGCAGGAGGACACGCUGCUAGGCAGCACUGCGACUCCUGCCGUUACUGCAGCAGGAGCGCCCACGAGCUUCGCCGUCCUUGGAAACAAACUGUUGCGGCGCUUCACUUUUCCGGAGUUGAAAAAGUCCACGAAAGAUGUGAGCGGGGACGGGUCCGGCGGCACGCACUCCGGAAGUCCCGAAGUGACAGAGCCAGGGAUGCCGAAAUCAGAGAGUUACCCCCUGGCCACGCGGCACUCUCCGGUGGGAAGCAAGCCCAGUAUCGACAGCAUCAGCGCUGUGAAGUGCGAGUUCGACUUCCACUUCAAACUGAGUCCAUCCUGACUGAGUUCUUAGCCACUGGUAAACAUCAGUGCCCAUGUCCUACUGCCACGCAAUGCUGGAGGCGCAAACACCCUUCCAAAACUACACGGGUCCCCUGAGAAUCCUGCUUAUCUGACGGUCACUUUAAGUGCAGUGUCUACAGUAGCCUUAUUUUCUCAAUGUACGACCUGAACCUGAAAAAACGUUUGCUUGCGACAGCAUUACUUGGGGGACGAGUCGAGUACACCUCCCCCCCCCCAACCAGCUUGUAAAAGUGCAAUUGGGUGUUCAGCAUUUCUCAUUGCGGUCUGCAGUGUUUCACUGGCACCGAAUGACGGUCACCUUUGGAAUCUCUCCCUCGCGCUUACAGCUCACCCAGUUUGAACUCAAAGACCUCUCAUUUGAUUUCAGAGGUCUCAUCAGGCCGAAAGGGCGGACGACAGCUGAAGUGUCCUUACCGCGGCGUUCGAGUGGCCCUUUCACAAAUGUACACUGUAUUAUUUAUUCUGUUUGAACGAAGCCUUUCUCAGUUAGGGGAACACCGCCUUGAUGUACGCGUUUUUUGUUUUUUUGGAAUUUUUAAUUUCAAAAACGACUUCAAUGGGACUUUUCAGUUUGACAGAAAUACAUUUUAUGUGCUUUUCGUUCAUCCCAAGACUGGGAGCUUAGUCCGUAUGAAAAGCUGUAUUAAAGAUUUAAAGCAUGCAACGCUGCCUUUUGACUAUUCCUACAAAUUUGUCUGUUUUAGAUCUAUAAU